CGUGCGUGCGCACCGUCGGGGGGCGGGACUUCCGUCGUCCUCCUGGUGGUGGUCGUUCUGGUUCUCUCUGGUGUUUCGCUAGGUCCGGCCUAUGGCGCUCUCUGACGUCACCGAAGUGACGGAGCGGAAAAGCGCGAGAAGCGGCUUGGUUCCCACCGCGGAGAGGCGGGAGUGAGUCAACUGACAAGCGCUGGGAACGGCGGUGUCCUUGUCUUGCCUUUGUCGCCCCCGCCCCGCUCUUCCCUGACUGGGCUGGCGGAGGCCUUGCUGAUGAACCUGACUGAGGGUCCCCUAGUGAUGGCAGAAACGGACCCUACACAGGGCCGUGUGGUCUUUGAGGACGUGGCCAUAUAUUUCUCCCAGGAGGAGUGGGGGCACCUUGAUGAGGCUCAGAGGUUGCUGUACCGCGAUGUGAUGCUGGAGAAUUUGGCCCUGUUGUCCUCACUAGGUUGUUGGCAUGGAGCUGAGGAUGAGGAGGCACCUUCACAGCAAGGUUUUUCUGUAGCAAUGCCAGAGGUUACAACUUCAAAGUCCUGUCUGUCCACCCAGAAGGUCCACCCUAGUGAGACAUGUGACCCACCCUUGAAAGACAUUCUGUGCCUGGUUGAGCACAGUGGAAUUCAUCCUGAGCAAGACAUAUAUAUUUGUGAGGCAGAGCUUUUUCAGCACCCAAAGCAGCAAAUUGGAGAGAAUCUUUCCAGAGGGGAUGAUUGGAUACCUUCAUUUGGGAAGAACCACAGAGUUCACAUGGCAGAAGAGAUCUUCACAUGCAUAGAGGGCUGGAAGGACUUACCAGCCACCUCAUGCCUUCUCCAGCACCAGGGCCCUCAAAGUGAGUGGAAGCCAUACAGGGGCACAGAGGACAGAGAAGCCUUUCAGACUGGACAAAAUGAUUACAAAUGUGGUGAAUGUGGGAAAACCUUCACCUGCAGCUAUUCCCUUGUUGAGCACCAGAAAAUCCACACCGGAGAAAGGUCUUAUGAAUGUACCAAAUGUGGGAAAUUCUUUAAGUACAGUGCCAAUUUCAUGAAACAUCAGACAGUUCACACUAGCGAAAGGACUUAUGAGUGCAGAGAAUGUGGAAAAUCCUUUAUGUACAACUACCGACUCAUGAGGCAUAAGCGAGUUCACACCGGAGAAAGGCCUUAUGAGUGCAGCACAUGCGGGAAAUUCUUCCGGUACAGCUCCACAUUUGUUAGACAUCAGAGAGUCCACACUGGAGAGAGGCCGUAUGAGUGCAGGGAAUGUGGCAAAUUCUUUAUGGACAGCUCCACGCUCAUCAAACAUCAGAGAGUUCACACCGGAGAAAGACCUUAUAAGUGCAAUGACUGUGGGAAGUUUUUUAGGUACAUCUCUACACUCAUUAGACAUCAGCGAAUUCACACUGGAGAAAGGCCUUAUGAGUGCAGUGUAUGUGGGGAAUUGUUUAGGUACAACUCCAGCCUCGUUAAACAUUGGAGAAACCACACUGGAGAAAGGCCUUACAAAUGCAGUGAAUGUGGGAAAUCAUUUAGGUACCACUGCAGACUCAUUAGACACCAAAGAGUCCACACAGGAGAAAGGCCUUAUGAGUGCAGCGAAUGCGGGAAAUUCUUUCGUUACAACUCCAACCUCAUUAAACAUUGGAGAAACCACACUGGAGAAAGGCCUUAUGAGUGCAGAGAGUGUGGGAAAGCCUUUAGCCACAAGCAUAUCCUUGUCGAGCACCAGAAAAUCCACAGUGGAGAAAGACCUUACGAGUGCAGCGAAUGCCAGAAGGCCUUUAUUAGAAAGUCUCACCUGGUUCAUCACCAGAAAAUCCACAGUGAAGAGAGGCUUGUGUGCUCCAUGAGUGUGGGGAAUUCUUUAGCUAAAACUCCAACCUCAUUAAACGUCAGAGAUUUCACAAUGGAGAAAGUUUACCAUUGACUAUUGUAAUUGGGUAGUAAUGUUUUUUUUUGUUUUUUUUUUUUUUUUUUGAGACGGAGUCUCG